AUGGAAGGUUUGGUGUGGAGCUUGGUCGAAGCGGUGGGUGGUGAGCUGGUCUCGCAGAUCGCCGAGGGUCUGGUCAACGGCAUGGAACCCGAGUUUCUGAAGACCAACGAAGACAAGUUGAUGGAAGAGCUGAAGGUGCUACAGACCAAAAUCGACGAUUUGGGCAAGUCGGCCAUUGAAGCGAUCCGGAAGCAAAAGAUUACAAGCGCUGCGGAUCGAGUGCGGGGUACCGCCAGCGUUUGUCUCCUUCUGCUGCUGCGCCGCAUAUGCAUCUCUCCUCUUGUAUGUCUGAUCGAGCACCAAGGUUCACCACCCCGCACUAUCGUUAGUCAGGUCUGCGCCGACAUGAUUCCGAUGAACACACAACAGGUCCAUACUGCUUCGGGAACCGCCAUAGGCAAGGCGCAAGCAGACCUGGAGGGGACGCCAACUGAGCCUCUUCUUCCGCCACAGGUCAGCGGAUCCUACAAAGUCAAUGAGCGAGUCAUCGCAGCAUUCCCCAUUCCCAAGACUCAAGCAAUAGACGCCUACAACUAUGGCAAAUCGCUCUGGGGUAGAGCGGCCAAGAUUGUUGUCCAGCUUCCCACCGGACAGACCGACAACUACUUCCUCAAGGUCUGA